CUUUUUUCUAUAAUUGUUGGAAAUUUACAGGUUUCCGUUUUUCUGAUGAAUUUAAAGUUAGGUGCCCUUAAGUCAAUCAUUAAAUCUUAAUAUUUAGAAUUUUCGUUUCUCAUAGAAUUUUUCCUGCUUAGACAAUUCUCAAAUUUGAUGAAAUUUCGAUUCAACAUAAAGUAGCCUACACUAAUUGGUACUAUGACACGCCUAAAUAAAAUUUACUUACACCAAAUGUUCUGAAAUUGUUGUGUAAUUGCUUGGUCUACUAAAUUCAAUAGUUGAUUGGUAUGUACUUCGUAUUUAUAAGAAGUUGCUUUGUCUCCAGAGUUUAAAAUAAGUACUCCAAAAUAUAAUCGAUCCACGUGUUCUUCUAGAAAGAUUGAUUGCUCGUCUUCAACUUUUCAUUCAACUGAAAUCUGUAGUCACCUCGAACUCGAUUAUAGGUACGUACUGAAGUCACGUUCAGACAAUUUCCCUAUUUCAUAUACAAAGGACCAACCAAAGAACCAGCAUUAAUCCACUUUCAUAGAUUAGCUACAAACCAUCUUUUCUGCUUCGACUUCCGAACUUUGUAGUUACCCGUUGGUUAAUCCAACACAACUAAUGACAUGACACUGCCCCGUAGCUACAUGCACUUUCAGGCGCGAGUAUUACUACUCGUGGUAAUCUUCUUGACUGCUUCCAAGGCAAGGGAAGCUGCAAUUUGGAUAGACGAUGGCAACGGUCAUACCGUGAGGGAGCCGCUCAGCCCCAGAGAAACUAGGGAGUUUUCGAGGAGUCUUCGUGAAACUAUGGGCCUGCCGCAGCACAGACCGCACUUCUCGCCUGCUCACACGUCUGUGCUGGCAUCAGCGCCUACAUUCAUGAAGAGCAUCUACAACGCUCUCGACGAACUCGGUGUGCCGCGAGACUCUAAUUUGGAUACGGCACACAGAGAUGCACUCGAACGAGCAGACACCGUGGUGACAUUCACGAGCAGAGCCCCGCCUGACCGAUGGGACUCGGUCCCACCUAAACAUCACGCGCCGCACCGCCUGCUCUACUUCGACACAUCUGAGGUGUCGCUCGACUACACCAUUCUUGGAGCUGAACUGCGACUGCAUUACCAACCCCACUUGCCAGAGUUCGUUGACCAGCAUCUUGAAGAGCGUAUGUCGAAGCCUUUGAUCCUACACGCGUACGUCGUGGCAGACGCCUUGGGGUCAGAGCUUGAGGUCGCGCAGUUGGCGCUGCCCCGAGAGGAACGUUGGCUGCAGCUCAACGUGACGCUGCCCACGCUCGCCUGGAUCAUACAACCCAGUCAGAACCGAGGCUUCAGGCUGGCCGUCACGAGAGAGGGAGAGAAACACGAACUGCCACUGCACUCGGUUGGUGUCUCCACGGCUCACGACCGGGAGGACCAUCGUCCGAUCCUCGUGUGCUUCUUCACGCGGCCUCAAAACCUCAACCCAAAAAUAUUCCUAAGCUCUAGAAAAGCUCCAGUUUCAUCCUACACAAGAUACGUCUUCAAAACAGAGGGGGAGAUCUUGUCCAGGGUAGCAAGAUCGCCGUCGCUAAGAAAUCUGAACCUUCCCAGAUCGGACAUCCCACGGAGUGACACCACUUGUCAGAUGCGCCCCCUGCACGUCUCCUUCAAGGACCUGGACUGGGAAAAUUGGGUCAUCGCUCCUGACGGGUACGACGCAAACUUCUGCCAGGGACGCUGUGACUUCCCCAUACCACCCGACAAGAACGCCACUAACCACGCGAUCGUCCAGACACUGAUCAAGGUGCUUCAGGCCGUGCGCGAGGGCGAGACCGUUCCUCCUGCGGCGUGUUGCACCCCGAACGAGCUGGCCACGAUCUCUGUCCUCUACUACGACUACAGCAACAAUGUCGUCCUCAAGAAAUACCCGAAAAUGAUCGUCAAAAACUGUGCCUGCAGAUAGGCUCGCUUCAGGUACAUCACAGAUUUCAACGGGACUUUGUUCUUUUUACCCCUUCAGGUUUUUUAAUUUGAACUUUGAUGUUUUACCACUUCUCCGUCUUUUUUUUAUACACUCCGGCACCUCGAGUCGAGGUUUUAUUUUUUAUUACAGUUCAGUAAAUUUAAAUGCCCACAGGUUGGUCACUUCGGAAGUACCUGAUGACGUUCUUAUUUGAUCACAAUGUAAUACUCUAUUCCUACAGUAGAAUAACUCGGGAUUCGUCGAUGGAAAUGCAGUUUUUGAAGAUGGUGCCAGUACCUGAAGAAUUCUUAUUAUUGGACCUAAUUAAAUUAUCGUCCUAAACAUAGUCGUAAAUCAUUAAUGGCACUCGUCACAUAGUCCAUGAUAUUCUAUUUUGUUAUCGUAAGUUUACUUAGGUUAGAGCGCGAAUGUAACUUCAUUUAUACUGUCCUCCAACAUGCGUAAAAACUGAGGCUACUCAGUCAGCGUAGCAGUGAAAUUUUCAUUUCAUUAAAGCUUGCUUUUUAUUUGUAUUGAAUGUGGUUGGUUGAAUAUGGUGUUCAAUAACUUCUCAGAACUCGUGAGACAUAAGUAACAUCAACUUUCUCUUAGAUGAUGCCUAGGUAAAUGUUUUAAGAAAAAGAAUGUAGAGGCCUUUACACCCAGUUCUGUCGAAUCAAAUAUUUUGCUGUUCGAUCCGUCCGAUUCUGUGAUUGGUUUGAGGUGAAAAAAAAAUGUAUUAAAAAUCCCUUUAGCCCAAAUGCCUUGUGGAAAGGAUUCUUAUUGGUGCUACGUAAGCUUAAGUUACGUUAGGUAAUUUCGUUAUGUCCAUGUAAUUUGACGCAAUGAGUAUCACAUGAAAAUUGUGCCAUAUUUGUAACUUCAAGA